AUGGUGGAUAAUAAAGUUAAAAAGCAGCCUCAUAUCAAGAAAGAUGAUACUUUCCAGGAUUUGCUGCAGCCAGUUUAUAAGGGUAAAAAGUUGACAGAUGACGUGAGUACAGCAGAGGAUAAGUGGAAUCUUCUACCGGCAUUUUUGAAGGUUAAAGGUUUAGUUAAGCAACAUUUGGAUUCUUUCAACUAUUUUGUUGAUGUUGAUCUUAAAAAGAUCAUAAAGGCAAAUCAAUUAAUUCUGAGUGAUGUGGAUCCAGAAUUUUACUUAAAGUACGUGGAUAUUAGAGUUGGUCAGAGAUCUAAUGCUUCUUCCAAAGAUUAUUUGACACCACCUCAUGAAUGUAGAUUAAGAGAUAUGACUUAUUCUGCCCCCAUCUAUGUGGAUAUCGAAUAUACGAGAGGUAGAAAUAUUAUUAUGCACAAGGAUGUGGAAAUCGGUAGGAUGCCCAUCAUGUUGAGAUCUAACAAAUGUAUCUUACACAAUAGCGAUGAAAAGACUAUGGCUAGGUUGAAUGAAUGUCCUUUAGAUCCUGGUGGAUAUUUCAUCGUGAAUGGUACCGAGAAAGUUAUUCUAGUGCAAGAACAAUUGUCUAAGAACAGAAUUAUCGUGGAAGCCGAUGAAAAGAAAGCUAUUGUCCAAGCAUCUGUGACAUCCUCUACACAUGAAAGAAAAUCCAAGACUUAUGUGGUAACCAAAAACGAUAAGAUUUAUCUAAAGCAUAACUCUAUCGCUGAAGAAGUUCCGAUCGUAGUGGUUCUAAAGGCGUGUGGUAUUGUCUCCGAUUUAGAAGUCAUGCAAUUGGUAUGCGGUAAUGAUAGUAGUUAUCAAGAUAUUUUUGCAGUCAACCUAGAAGAAGCUUCUAAGCUAGGACUUUAUACACAACAACAGGCAUUGGAAUACAUCGGUUCUAAAGUAAAAACCGUUAGAAGACAAAAAUUGUCAGUUUUACAGGAAGGUAUUGAAGCUAUUGCUACUACUGUAAUUGCUCACUUGACAGUGGCGGCAUUAGAUUUCAGAGAGAAGGCACUUUACAUUGCCAUGAUGACUCGUAGAGUCGUCAUGGCUAUGCAGAACUAUAAAAUGGUCGAUGAUAGAGAUUAUGUGGGUAACAAACGUUUAGAAUUAGCAGGUCAGUUGAUAUCGCUAUUGUUCGAAGAUUUGUUCAAGAAGUUUAACAAUGAUUUUAAAGCUAGUAUAGAUAAAGUUCUCAAGAAGCCCAAUAGAGCUAUGGAAUAUGAUGCAUUGCUUUCCAUUAAUGUUCACUCAAACAACAUUACCAGUGGGUUAAGCAGAGCCAUUUCUACGGGUAAUUGGUCUUUAAAGAGAUUUAAGAUGGAAAGAGCAGGUGUUACACAUGUCUUGUCCAGAUUAUCGUACAUCUCAGCACUUGGUAUGAUGACAAGAAUUUCAUCUCAAUUUGAAAAAUCAAGAAAAGUUUCAGGCCCAAGAGCUCUACAACCAUCCCAAUUUGGUAUGUUAUGUACAGCAGAUACCCCUGAAGGUGAAGCUUGUGGUCUGGUUAAAAAUUUAGCAUUGAUGACUCACAUUACUACUGAUGAUGAAGAGGAACCAAUAAAGAAACUCUGCUUCAUACUCGGUGUGGAAGAUAUUACUUUAAUCGAUAGCGCGUCACUUCAUUUGCAUUACGGUGUGUAUCUAAACGGUACACUCAUAGGUACUACAAAAUUCCCAGUGAAAUUUGUAUCACAGUUUAGAAACUUGAGACGUUCAGGUAAAAUAUCAGAAUUCAUUUCCAUCUAUACAAAUUCUCAUCAUAAAGCAGUUCACAUUGCUACAGAUGGUGGUAGAAUUUGCCGACCAUUGAUCAUUGUUUCCAAUGGUAAAUCUAGAGUUACUAGUGAACAUUUGAAAGAAUUACUAGAAGGAAGACUUGUUUUCGAUGAUUUCUUGAAAUUGGGUCUCGUGGAAUAUCUCGAUGUCAAUGAAGAAAAUGAUUCUUUCAUUGCAUUGUAUGAACAAGAUAUUGCUCCGGAAAUUACACAUAUGGAAAUUGAACCUUUCACAGUGUUGGGUGCAUGUGCGGGUUUAAUUCCAUAUCCUCAUCACAACCAAUCUCCUCGUAACACUUACCAAUGUGCGAUGGGUAAGCAAGCCAUCGGUGCCAUCGCAUACAACCAGUUCAAGAGAAUAGACACGUUGCUAUAUUUAAUGAUUUACCCACAGCAACCUAUGGUGAAAACGAAGACAAUCGAACUGAUUGAUUACGACAAAUUACCUGCCGGUCAAAAUGCUACAGUAGCCAUCAUGUCUUAUUCCGGUUACGAUAUUGAGGAUGCUUUGGUUUUGAACAAAUCUUCGAUCGAUAGAGGUUUUGGUCGUUGUGAAACUCGUAGAAAGACAACAGCUGUAUUGAAAAGGUACCCCAACCAUACGCAAGAUAUAAUUGGAGGUAUGCGUGUUAAUGAAAAUGGUGAGCCCAUUUGGCAGCAUAAAUCUUUGGGUCCUGACGGUUUAGGUGAAGUUGGUAUGAAACUGGAUAGUGGUCAAAUCUACAUCAAUAAAUCUGUACCAACAAAUGCAUCUGAAGGCGUUCUCACCCAAACUCAAUCACAGUACAGAGAAACUCCGGUCAUUUAUAGAGCCCCCGAACCAUCUCAUAUCGAUCAAGUCAUGAUGUCUGUUUCUGAUAACGACCAGGCAUUAAUCAAAGUUCUUUUGAGACAGAACAGAAGACCGGAAUUGGGUGACAAAUUUUCUUCCAGACACGGUCAAAAAGGUGUCUGUGGUAUUAUUGUACAACAAGAAGACAUGCCAUUUAGUGAUCAAGGUGUGGUUCCUGAUAUUAUUAUGAAUCCUCACGGUUUCCCCUCUCGUAUGACUGUUGGUAAGAUGAUCGAAUUAAUUUCCGGUAAGGCGGGUGUCAUGAAUGGAUCUCUAGAAUACGGUACCUGUUUUGGUGGUUCUAAAUUAGAAGACAUGUCUCAAAUUCUUGUCGAUAAUGGGUUCAACUAUUCUGGUAAGGAUAUGUUGUAUUCUGGUGUCACCGGUGAAUGCCUACAAGCGUACAUUUUCUUUGGCCCCAUCUACUAUCAAAAAUUGAAGCACAUGGUUUUGGAUAAGAUGCAUGCAAGAGCUAGAGGGCCUAGAGCAGUCUUGACUCGUCAACCAACUGAAGGUAGAUCUAGAGAUGGUGGGUUGAGAUUAGGUGAAAUGGAAAGAGACUGUGUGAUUGCUUACGGUGCAUCACAGUUGCUGUUAGAGAGAUUGAUGACCAGUUCUGACGCAUUUGAAGUAGAAGUCUGCGAGAAAUGUGGGUUGAUGGGCUACAGUGGCUGGUGUACUACUUGUAGAAGUGCAGAACACAUCAAUAAGAUGUCUAUUCCCUACGCCGCCAAACUUCUUUUCCAAGAGUUACUUUCAAUGAACAUCGCACCAAGGCUCAGACUUGAAGAUAUUUUCCAAGCAUAA